AUGUCCUCAGUUCCCUCGCAUAUGGCAGCUACAAGCUUGCUGAAGAGAGGCUCGCCGACCGGCGAUGAGGAGGGGUCGAGCCCCAAGCGGCAGAAGACGGACGCCAAGCAGUCAGAACUACCAACACAUGAUGUUGACCCAUCGCUUCCAUGCGCAAGCAAAGUCAUUAUUCCUUCACUCGACUACCAAGCCAAAAGCGGUCUCGAACGUAGCAUAGGGCUCGCAUUACAGCACGUUGGCUUCGACGCUGCCACGCCUGAGGCCAUGGAAGGUUUCCUAGGCACAGUAGAGACCUACAUGGCUUCUUUUGUUGAGGAUCUUAAGCGCGUUGCUCUCGCUGCGCGUCGCGAUCAACCUACCCCGGCCGAUUUCGAGUCUACGAUGCAACGCUUUACCCUCAAGACAAAGGCCCUUAGACCUCAUACCCGUCAUCCCAUACCCAAGUCUAAACUUGAAGUCGAUUUUUUCGAUCCACUGGUUGAAGACCCAGACGCGCACACUACUUUACCCCUUCUCGGGGAAGAGUUAAGCGGCAAGCCCGAGAAGGAGGCCAAGUCAUAUAUCCCAAAGUCUUUUCCCGACUUCCCAAGCAAGCAUACCUAUAAAUAUACGCCUCAGGAAGACAACAGUGGACGUGAUCCUCAGAAGACGAGAGAAGAAGCUGCGAAGGCGUCCAAGCAGGGAGAGGAAGCCCUUCGUGGUUUGGUGCGGGCGGCAAAGAUUCGGAAACAGAAAGAGGUCAGGUCUUUGUCAGAACGUGACCCCAUGACUAAAGAGCGAUAUUCUCUCUGGGCUGCGGCCAUGGAAGGUUUCGUUAAGAAAGAGGGAGGACCGACAGGACAACUCGAAAUCGCCGACCACAGCAUGAUUGUCAACUCGGACGCGCGUCAUCUACGCAGAGAAGUUCAACGUCAGGGCAAGCGAGCUGCCGGCCAAGGGUAA